CGAACAUAUGUAACCGACGCCUAGAACCUUCUUUAGUGGGUAUAAAUACCCAGCAAACCCUACACCAACGACAAAGGAUAUAUACACACAUCAUCUAAAACUACUCGGAUGGAAGUUUAGUUCAAUCGUUGGCCGCAUAUACACUUGUGCAGGACGUUGCCAGAGAAGAGGAAGAUCCGACGACCAUUGUACCAUGGAGAACUGCCUUGACCGUCGCAAGUCGUGCUGGAGAAAGUAAAGCUCUGCACCAUGGAGAACUUCGAACAUCAUAGCCGGAGGAACGAUGACAUGUUGUACGUGUUCGAUCCGGAGAAGAGGAGGCAAGUCCACCGUCGUCGCUCGCCUUAACUGUCCUCGAGUGCCGUCAUCAUCGCCGGAGUACAAUAGGAUCCAGAGGUUCGCCGGACUGAUACGCUCAACGCCGGAGUUGGUACGCGCCGGAAGAGAAGGGGGAGAUCGCCGGAGGACAACCCAAGUCAUUGCCGCCGGACCACAAUGCUGCUCACGAACCGGAGGAAAAGGAAGUUUGCCGGAGGAAGGGGAGAAGCCGAAGUUACUGCCACCAAACCGCAAACGCAAUGGUUGUGUCUCCGCUGCCUUGCCAGAGCGUCUGUCCGUGUCGGGAGAAGAUUUCAGCCGGACUCUGUCUUCGUUUUCUUUGUUCGCCGGUACGAAGGAGAUGACAAGGUGAAUUUGAAGAAGAUCGAGAUAGAAGCCUUGGUUAGGAUUUAUUGCAAUUUGAGGUGAUGAGUUGGAUGCUUAUGAGGAUUGAUGGAUUGCAUGGCCCGAGAGCGAAUUAGUAGUCGCCUUAUUUAUACUAGUCAUGAAAUAAACAUUUACUUUACAAACACUUUAUUUUUAUUAAAUUAGUUGUUAUGUUUUAGUUGCCUGUGCAUCCGGUUGAGAGAUGACCGGAUGUGGCGGUACACCCAUUUCCCUUAUUAAGACUUCCGC